GCGGGACAAGGCGGGGGUCCUUUUGGUCGCCACCAAUUUUUUGUCUACUUUUAAUUUCCCGCUCCUCUCUUUAAUCUGCCACCAUUCAUUCCACUCUCUCUUUCUCAGGAUCUUCAUUUUCCACUGAGAAAGCACCGUGUAUUCUCCACAAAGGUUUCAUUUUUGAAGUUUGUGUUUGUGAAUCAAGAUGCUGAGAAUUAAUCGACGCCGGGGAAAUCAGUGAUUUGAGUUCGCCUGAAGUAAGCGUUAAUUCGACUAGUUGGAGUUCUGGUGAUGGCUGAGGGAAACGCAUCAGAAGGGUUUGCUAAACCGAGGCAAGUCCUCGGCGAUCUCACCAAUCUACUCGGAAAAAGGGGAUCUUCUGAGACUGAAAAAAUUGGGGUCAAGAGUUCAAAUUUCAUCGACAAAGAUUCAGCCAAAAGGAUCCGUGUUAUGCCUCCUGCUCAAUCUGAGAUUCAUUCACCGAAAGCCAAUAUUUUAUCUAGCAUCCCAAAUUCAACCAACAAAGCCACGAGUGCCAACACGAAUCAAUUGCUGUGUCAAACCGUUUGCAAUAUCUCAAACAAUCUCAAUUCUGACGUCAACAACGAUGCUUUUCCAAAUGUGAAUCUCAAGGCUGCUGAAAAUUUUGAUAGCCCAAACUUGACUGAUCUGAAAGAGGAAAGAGUGAUGAGUUCUACUGCCUUUGAGGAGAAUGAGAUUCAAGAAUUCGGCCAGAGUGAGUUCGUCAAUCUUGAAGGAAAUAAAAAUGACCUUAAUAUAAGCUCAAAAGAGUCUAAGGUAGUUGAGGAUAUUUGUGUUAAAUCCGAUGAUGGGUUGAGUGAUGCUUUAGAGGCAGCUACUGAGACUGGUGUCUAUUGUCUGGAUAAAGAUAGUGGUUUUGAUGGCUAUGAGUCCAAAGGAAGUCAGAGUGAUGCAAACGAGUGUCUUCAUCAUCCACCUUGUCAUGAUGGUGAUGAACAUAAUUUGGCAUUGAGUCAGUGUGGCUCGGUUGAUUGCGUGAAUAUUCUACCCGAGUCCCAGGAGUCUACUGUUUUUGGGAUGGAAAAAUUCAUGGAGAUGAGAAAUGGGAAAGAGAAAUGUGUGUCUGAAGAGAUGGAGCCAACAAGAACUUGUUCUUGCUCUUUUUGCAAAAAAGCUCUUAAGAAGAGCCAGAAAGAAGCAAGCAUACUGGCUGAAAGAAUCAUCCGGAGUAAGUGUAUAGAGAGACACAGUGCUGAAAGCUUAACCGGAUCUUCGAGGAUAGGCAAGCUAGGAUUUGAAAGUAGAUUACUACCACUGAAUGAUUUGAGAGAAAAAUGCAAGAGAGACUUGGAGUCGACUGGUGAUGAUCGGUCUGAACAUUAAGGACGUGCUAAAGCUCCUAUUAGUGUCUGUAAGAUUGAUGAAACUUUUACGGUGGAUUAAUUCUCACUUUAUACAUUUCCAAUGUCCAGUUUUAUUUCUUUAAACAGAUGUGUUCCAAAAUUUCUAUGCUUUGUGAAUAUUGCGUUUGUGGAUCCUCAACAUGUUAAUGGUAUUUAUUGUAAUGCACAAAGGGAGUUCCAUGUUACUCAACCACGAGGUUUAUGAGAAUGUUGUUGCUAUCGAGUGACUGAAGAUAGAGAUGUAAAAGUUGUGCAUUAUUUU